UCCGUCGCUUGGUAACGGCCUAACUCGCGGAAGAGCCCUUGCCCCUUCUCUCCGCUAGAUGACAGUAGAAGGUCCGCGGAACAACAGGUGCAGCGGAGCGUGCACACGCCGGCUUCCUGGCCCAAGGGACCGCGCUCUGCCUCCGCACAGGGAAACCCCAGAGGCUGGAACGAGAAUUGCAUAUCUUUUCUACCCCGGAUUCUAAAGGGCAAGAGAUAUGACAGAGCUUUUUUUCUGGAGCCUGAACGGUGUGAAUCACAGCAGCAGAUAUGUAACAUUAGUCUGAACUGAAGAGUUUUUGUUCCAGAAAUAUACUGAUCAUCCUUGGCUUCUCCUGUAUCAUGGCUGUAGUUGCUUUGAUUGCUGUGGGGCUGACCCAGAACAAACCAUUGCCAGAAAAUGUUAAGGUACUGGACAUCCAAGGAGAAAUGUCAAAGCAGCAGUUGGAUAAUCAGAUCUGGACCUCAUAGAAGAGUAUGGGAUUGUGCUGGAUGCAGGCUCUUCUCACACAAGUUUGUACAUCUAUAAGUGGCCAGCAGAAAAGGAGAAUGACACUGGGGUGGUGAAUCAGAUAGAAGAGUGCAAGCUGAAAGGUCCUGGAAUCUCAAGAUAUGCUCACAAAUUAAGUGAAAUAGACAUUUAUCUGACUGAAUGCAUGAUAAGAGCCAGUCAGGUGAUUCCAAAGUCCCAACAUGAAGAGACCCCUGUUUACCUGGGAGCUACGGCAGGCAUGCGGUUGCUCAGGAUAGAAGAUGCACAGCUGGCAGACAAGGUCUUAGCUGCAGUGACAAAAAGCCUCAGCAACUACCACUUUGACUUCCAGGGUGCCAGAAUCAUCACUGGCCAAGAAGAAGGUGCCUAUGGCUGGAUUACUAUCAACUAUCUGCUGGGCAAAUUCAUUCAGAAAUUGAAUUGGCUCUACCUGAGGCCAGAUGAAAACGGUGCUCAGGAAACCUUCGGGGCUUUAGACCUUGGGGGAGCCUCUACACAAAUCACUUUUGUACCCCAAAACAAGAAUAUUGAGUCUCCAAGAAAUGCUCUGCACUUUCGCCUCUAUGGCAGGGACUACAGCGUGUACACGCACAGCUUCUUGUGCUAUGGGAAGGAUCAAGCACUCAGGCAGAAACUGGCCAAGGACAUUCGGGGUACAGAUGGAAUCCUCAGGGACCCAUGCUUUCACCCUGGAUAUGAGACAGUAAUGAAUGUAAGUGACCUCUACAGUAGCCCCUGCACCAGGAGAUUUGCAAUGAUUCAUCCAUUCAGUCAGUUUCAAAUCCAGGGCACUGGAAACUAUCGGCAAUGCCAGCGAAGCAUCCUUGAACUCUUCAACACCAGUUACUGCCCUUACUCCCAGUGUUCCUUCAAUGGGAUUUUCUUGCCACCACCUCAUGGGGAUUUUGGGGCAUUUUCGGCUUACUACUAUGUGAUGGAUUUUCUGAACCUUACAUUAGAGGAAACCACCUCUCAGGAAAAGGUGAUUGACACGAUGGAAAAGUUCUGCUCUCAGCCUUGGGAGGAGCUGAAGACAUAUUUUGGUGACGUGAAGGAGAAAUACUUAAGUGAAUACUGCUUUUCUGGAACCUACAUCCUCUCUCUCCUGAGUAGCUAUCAUUUCACAGCGGAUUCCUGGAAGAAUAUUCAUUUCAUGGGCAAGAUCCAAAGCAGCAAUGUCGGGUGGACUCUGGGCUACAUGCUGAACCUGACCAACAUGAUCCCAGCCGAGCAGCCGUAUUCCAAGCCUCUCUCCCACACCACCUACAUCUUCCUCAUGAUCCUCUUCUCCCUGAUCCUGGUCGCAGUGGUCAUCAUAGGCUUGCUUGUCUUUUACAAGCCUUCAUAUUUCUGGAAAGACAUGGUAUAGCAGGAUCCGCUGAAAUCUGCUGGCUGGAGUGAAAAAACAAACUUGCCCAAGAAGCACUCUCCUCCACGUUGGUGCACAAGGUCAUCCUUCCUUGCUCACGAAGGCCAGCCUUGACCAGCACGAAGCUUUUUGACUUUCGCUGAAGCCUCUCCGUGGAAUGUAUUCACCACCUCUGCCUCAAGGACUACCUGGCAGACAUCGUCUCUUUUGUGAGUCCUACCCAACUCCCCUUCUCUCUUUUGUACUCUGAGCUUAUGUAGGUCUUAAAGACUUGCUACCUUUUGUGAUCUUUGCUUUAUAAAAAAACAAUCAUGACUUUAUCUCAAA